AUGGCGGGCAAAUUAGAUGUGGACUACCUGAUCGAGUAUCUAAUGGGCGUCGGCAGGCCCGGCACCGGCCUCAGCACGUGUGUUGGCGAGCCGGAUAUCAUGGAAUUGCUGGUCGCCGUCAAAGAACACUUCCUCGAACAACCCAUGAUGCUCGAGCUGGACCCUCCGCUGACUAUCUGCGGUGAUAUUCAUGGCCAAUUCAACGAUCUGAUGCGCAUUUUCAACAAGGUUUGUAUACUGUCCAAUAUUAUCCAAGGACCCGGGGCGUAGCUAGGGGGUAUCCCAGAGACAGAGGUCGGUGAAAAAAUUAGAAAGAGCAAAUUUUUCUCAUAGGUAGCCUGCGGUCCAUAUCUUUUUUCCAAGGACCCUAAAUUUUAGACCGGUUUCCCCAAUGUAACCAACUACUUGUUCCUUGGGGACUACAUCGAUCGUGGCAAAAUGAAUAUGGAGACGAUUCUGCUGCUCUUCUCCUUCAAACUCAAGUAUCCCCGCAACUUUUUCUUGCUCCGCGGCAAUCAUGAGACCCAAUUGGUGAAUAGAAUCUACGGAUUCUACGAGGAGUUGAAUCGACGUUACAGGUCCAUCAAGCUUUACAACACGUUCCAAGAUGUCUUCAAUUGUAUGCCUUUAACGGCAUUGGUGGGGGAUCGUAUCUUGUGCAUGCACGGAGGUCUGAGUCCCGAUCUUUACAAUGGAAAUUCUCUGCAGGUCCUCAAGGAAAUCCUUCGCCCUUUGCCGGUAACUAGGAAUUUAAUUUCCGUUCUUAUCUACGGUGUUCUUUCAUUUAAGGAUCCUCCAAAUCCCUCGCUUCCCUUGGAUCUUCUCUGGGCUGAUCCCGAUAUUGCAACGGACAAGUUCAAAUUCAGUAUUCGUGGAGUCUCCUGCACUUUCGGAGUGGAAGUCAUCAAUGCAGUCUGUCAGAAAUACGAUCUUGACCUGAUUUGUCGUGCUCAUCAGGUAUGACCUCGCUUAUGAUCAUCAGGUUUUAUAUUGUUUUACUUCUCUUCAGGUCGUCCAAGAUGGAUACGAAUUCUUUGCCAACCGAAAGCUGGUUACCCUCUUCUCGGCUCCUCAUUAUUGCGGUCAAUUCGAUAAUGCUGCAGCUGUUAUGAUCGUCAGUAAAAACCUGCAAUGUUCAUUCAAAGUAGGAUUAAUUUUUGCCAUUUUUUGUCAUCAUUUUUAUUAUCUUAGCUUCUCCGGCCCAAAUUCCCUGCCAGUAAGGCCCAAAAGAACGAUUUCCAGCUCACGAUGUACGGGAAAGCACCAGCCUAA